AUGAGCCAAAAACCUGUCUCUAUAUCAAAUGCUUACCUUGAUGAAUCAGUGUCAUUUGAAUCUUUCCAAUUAGAUUCUCGUUUGUUACAAGCUAUCAAAGGUAGUGGUUUCCACAAUCCAACAUUAAUUCAAUCUCAUGCUAUUCCAUUAGCAUUACAAGAAAAAAGAGAUAUUAUUGCAAAGGCUGCAACUGGUUCUGGUAAAACUUUAGCUUAUGUUAUUCCAGUUAUUCAGACAAUUCUAAAUUAUAAGAGGACUCUAGAAAAUAAUCAAGGAACUGAUAUCACAGAUAGCAGUACUUUGGGUAUUAUUUUAGUCCCAACCAGAGAAUUGGCACAGCAAGUUUUAGAUGUGAUUGAAAAGAUGAUUUUGUACUGUUCAAAUGAUAUUAAAGCUUUAAAUAUUUCAAAGGAUAUGCCACCUUCUGUUUUAUCCACAAUGCUAUCAGAAUCUCCAGAAAUUAUUGUUUCUACACCAGCAAAGCUUAAUACGUUAUUAGAAACAAAUAAUAAUUCUCUAUAUUUGGAUAACUUACAGUUUUUGGUUAUUGACGAAGUCGAUCUGGUCCUGACCUUUGGAUAUCAAGAUGAUUUAAAGAAUAUCACACAAUAUUUACCAUUAAAAAAAAAUUUACAAACAUUUUUAAUGAGUGCCACUCUAAAUGAUGAUAUUCAAGAAUUAAAACAACAAUAUUGUAGAUCACCAGCUAUUAUUAAAUUUAACGAUGAUCAAAUUGCUAAAGAUCAAAGUAAAUUACUUCAAUAUUAUGUGACUGUUAGUGAAUUCGAUAAAUUUUUGUUGACCUAUGUUAUUUUUAAAUUGAAUUUAAUUAAAGGUAAAACUUUAAUUUUUGUGAAUAAUAUUGAUAGAGGCUAUCGAUUAAAAUUGGUGUUAGAACAAUUUGGUAUUAAAUCUUGUAUUUUAAAUAAUGAAUUACCCGCUAACUCAAGACAGCAUAUCGUUGAACAAUUUAACAAGAAUGUUUACCGUUUGUUAAUUGCCACUGAUGAUACUGAAUAUAUCAAAGAUGAAGAAGAACAAGAUGAUGAUGAACCACAAAAUGAUAAAACAAAAGUUGUUGAAGAAUCUGAAGUAGUUGAGAAAGAAAGUGAUAAAGAAAGUGAUAAAGAUGAUGAUAAUUCCACACAAAAUGAAGUAAAAAGUAAGAAAGAAACAAAAAAUAAUCUAAAAGUUAAGAAGGAUAAGGAAUAUGGUGUAUCCCGUGGUGUUGAUUUCCAAAAUAUUGCUUGCGUAUUGAAUUUCGAUUUACCAACAACUUCUAAAUCCUAUGUUCAUAGAAUUGGUAGAACUGCUAGAGCUGGUAAAUCUGGUACUGCAAUUUCCUUCGUUAUCCCACUAAAAGAAUUUGGUAAACACAAGGCAUCAAUGUGCCCAACUACAAAAAGAGAUGAAAAAAUUUUACAACGUAUUAUUAAGCAACAAAAUAAACUAGGUUUAGAAAUCCAACCAUAUGCUUUUGAUAUUAAACAAAUAGAAGGGUUUAGAUAUAGAAUGGAAGAUGGUUUCCGUGCAGUUACACAAGUGGCAGUUAGAGAAGCAAGAAUCAAAGAAUUGAAACAAGAAUUAUUAGCUAGUGACAAAUUAAAGAGACAUUUCGAAGAAAAUCCACAAGAAUUAAAUAGUUUAAGACAUGAUAAGGAAUUACAUCCUGCAAGAAUCCAACAACACUUAAAAAGAGUUCCAGAUUACCUAUUGCCGGAAGGUGCUAAAAACGGGAACACUAACAUAGGGUUUGUUCCAUUCCAUAAAAAUGGUAGACGUAAAAAUUUUAAGAAAGGUAGGGUUAAUAAGCGUAAGCAUGGGAAGUCAGAUCCAUUAAAAAACUUUAAAUAA